AUGUCAAACCAUUCAUCAUCGUUCCAGAGGCAAUCGCCAGUUCUGCCCCAUGUGCAAUUGGCUGGUAAUUUCCAACCUUCCAGGAAGCCCUCGAUUGUGGAGAUGCUCAGUUCCCCACCUCCGUUGCCGACAAACCCUCCUACUGACCACGAAGACAUUCAUUCCCUCUCACUAUCCAGAAACGCGUCCAUUUCGUCCAGAGCUUCCUCUGUUACGCCGCUGAUAACAGAUUGGGCGGAAAUUUUAUUGUAUGACUUGGUUGAGUCCAACAAGUUGGUGUUCAUUGAUAAGUCGUACUCGGUCAAGAAGGCGUUUGAGACAUUGAGUUAUCACAACUUGACCUCUUUGCCCGUUAGCGACUCACCAGACUCUAUGGAGAGCUGCUUGACGUUUGAUUACUCGGAUUUGAACACAUAUUUAUUAUUAAUCAUGGACAAAAUCUCCAUGAAUGAGUUCAACAUUGACACCAAUGACGCUGAGUACAUUCAGUACGUGCAGAACCAGAUCAAGAAGGCCAAGAAGGGUGAAGAGGUGAGCGUAGACUUCAUAAUCAACCUUAACCCGAAAAACCCUUUCAUCAAGUUCAAAGAACUGGACUGCUUAUACAACGUGAUGGAAUCAUUGGGUAAUGGGGUCCAUAGAGUUGCCAUCACAGAUCCAAUGAACGACAACAUUGUAGGUAUAUUGUCACAAAGAAGAAUGAUUAAAUUCAUGUGGGAGAAUGCCAGACGCUUCCCAUCGUUGGACUUCUUGUUGAACUCCACUUUACAGGACUUGGGCAUCGGCUCGAGCCAACCUCCAAUUACCAUCUACGAAGAUCAGAAUCUUAUUGAAGCAUUGUACAAGAUGUUCAAAGAGAGAAUAAGUUCGUUAGCUGUGGUUGACAGAUCACACUUGUUGAUUGGAAAUAUAUCUAUUGUCGAUGUAAAGAAUGUGUCAUCGUCCAAGAAUUCACAUUUAUUAUUCAAGUCAGUCUUAAACUUUAUUGGCUACAACUUGAGCCAAAAAGGAAUCGAAAAGGGUCAAGACCAGUUUCCUAUUUUCCAUGUGAACAAGCAAACUCUGUUGGGCAGAGUAAUUGCCAAACUAGUGGCAACACAAUCUCAUAGACUUUGGAUUGUUCAAACUCCAGCAACGAAUAUUAACCAUGGUGGUUCCAUAAGUGGCAGUGUGAGUGGACCAACUGGAAGUUCAUCACCAUCGACUGUAGAAAAUAUACUUAACCAAAACCAGCAUGCUCACCAUCAAGUUCCAGCGUCACCAACAUCUGCCUCCCCUACUCACAACUCCACUCCUUCUACACCAACGCAACCUAGUUCCAAUGACGGGAGACAAGGAAAAUUGGUAGGAGUGAUUACAUUGACAGAUAUUUUGGGAUUAUUUGCUUCGGUCAAAUCUAACGGUAAGAAGAUCGACCCAUUAUUUGCUAGAAAUCAAAGAAGAAGAUCAUCCACAUCCACGACUAGGUCGUCGAGUGAAGUAAGUACCAACCCAGAAUUAUUUAGGAAGUCAUACUUGGGAAACCAGUAG